UAGCGCGGUCACGUGGACCGGGCGGGCGGGCGGGCGCGCCCGAGCUGGCCAUGGCGGCCGCGGUGUCCGGUGUGGUGAGGCGGCUGGAAGAGCUCGGGGACCUGGCUCAGGCCCACAUACAGCACCUUAGCGAAGCCGCGGGGGAAGACGAUCACUUUUUAAUUCGGGCCUCUGCAGCUCUAGAAAAAUUGAAACUCUUGUGUGGAGAAGAGAAAGAAUGUUCAAAUCCAUCCAAUCUUUUGGAACUGUACACACAGGCCAUAUUGGACAUGACAUAUUUUGAGGAGAAUAAACUAGUAGAUGAAGAUUUUCCUGAAGACUCUUCUCCCCAGAAAGUAAAAGAGCUCCUCAGUUUCCUUUCAGAACCAGAAAUUUUAGUUAAAGAAAACAAUAUGCAUCCCAAACUAUGUGAUUUGCUUGGGGAUGAGCUACUGGAAUGCCUCUCUUGGAGAAGAGGAGCCCUGUUAUAUAUGUAUUGUCAUUCUCUAACUAAGAGAAGGGAGUGGCUCUUGAGAAAAUCUAACUUGCUUCAGAAGUACCUUGUUGAUGGGAUCAAUUACUUGCUGCAGAUGCUAAAUUAUCGAUGCCCUAUCCAGUUAAAUGAAGGUGUUUCUUUCCAAGACCUAGACACAGCGAAAUUACUAAGUACAGGAAUAUUUAGUGAUAUUCAUGUGCUGGCUAUGAUGUACAGUGGAGAAAUGUGCUACUGGGGAUUAAAGCAUUGCCCAGAUCCACAGUCAGAAAAUCCUGAAGUUGAUACUGAUGCUUUUGGAGCAAGCUGCACCACACACAAAGAACCUUUGGAUUUCCGAGAAGUAGGAGAAAAAAUCCUGAAGAAGUAUGUGUCGGUGUGUGAAGGACCUCUGAAAGCGCAGGAGUGGAACACAGCCAAUGCAAAGCAGAUCCUCAGCUUCUUUCAGCAGCGCUGUAGCUAGGUGGUCAUCUGUCCUCCCAACUGAGAGAAGUAAAGAUGGGUGAACCGGAGAAGAAGGCUUCAGAGAAGGAGCUCUGCUACACUGAUCUUGAGAAUAGUACACUACGUAAAGAUGCCCAAUGUGGCCACCCCUCUUUAAUGCUAUCACCUUUCAUUGUAUAGUCUUAAUCUGUGAAAAAAGUAUUCUCUAAUUUCUAAAAUGGCAUAUAUGUUAUUCUAACUGAACUUGAACUACAUACAAUCCUGCCACUAAUAAGGAGGAACCCAAUGUAGAUUGACAGUUGUUUUCUAAUACUUUAGGUUAUAUUUCAUUGUGGUAAAACUAUGUAACACAAAAUCUCCUUAUUUUGAAGUAGGCAUACUUCAAAGAUGAAAAUCAGUUUUCCUCCUUGUUUCAAAUAUAUACUAUAAGUAUAAAUGUAGGCAAUUAAAAAAUUAUAACUAAUAUUUAGAUUUCAUUUCCAGUAAGCUAAAUAGCAAAAUAUUUUAAAAAACGAAUCAUUGUAUUUAUUUUGCCAUGUAUUACUAAUAAUGCUUAAAUUAUUGACUUAGCUAUUUUAUAAAUUAUUUUCUUAUUUUGUUUAAAACAAAAACUGCAUGGUGUUUCCAAUAAUGAAGAUAAAAAUCAGUGUAGAUGAUUCUGUCAUUAGUUCAGGGCACAUCUUUGCCUAAUGAACUUCACAUAUGUUUUGCCUUUAUUAGGAUUGACAUGCUGAUGGUCAAAGAGCCUCGUUUGCUGUCUUGCUCACCGUUUUCCUGCCUACCUCAACUCCUGUUGUCUUGGGAUGGUCUGUAUGAUGAGACCUUCUGACACGCUAGACUUUUGCCCCAGUGACAUCUGUACAUCUGGUCAUUUCUGUUACUGCUCCUUGAGUAUCAGCCAUACUCAGUUUCUUUUUCUAAAAUCUUAAAUUUCAGUAACAGAUGACAGUUCUCAUCUUUUCAGCUUUUAAAAUGCCCUUGUUUGUAUUGGUUUUUCUCUAUUUUCAUUCUACAGCUUUCAUCUUUUUUGCAGGUUUGUUCUUGACUGUUGUCCUAACUCUUGAGCAGGGAACCUUUUUCAUGACUUCUUUGCCCUGCACCUCAUGGGGCUUCAUCGGAACUACUGUCCCCUGGUCUUCCCUCUUCUCUUUUGUCUUUAGCAGGCUCUCAGCACUGGGUUAAUCCUUCCUCGGCCAUUUAUUCUUAGGAGGCUCAGUUCUAUGGAAGGCAUGUAGUCCUUCCAAGGGUGUUACUAUGUGUAUGACUUCACUUAGAAGAACCCUAACUGCAAGCGACAAGGUGCCUGUCUUUCCCACUGUGGUAGAGUCCAAUUUCAUUAGUCACUUCUACCUUGUUUUUUUAACAGGAAGUUUAGAUUCUGAGGGAGUCAACUUACAUUUACUCACUUUUCUGUUUUAAAGAAAAAAUAGGCUGCUCGCUUUCUGUUGACUACUCUUUGCUAUUCCCUUUGUUUCUCUUGUUGUUUCUCAUUUUCUGCUUGUCCUCAUGAAGGGUCUGUUCUUUCUUCUGUCCUUUCUCCUUCUUUCUUUUUAUUCCAAAUGCUCAUAUAAGCAAUACUUUUCACGGCCAUUUGGCUUGUAAUAAUGCCUAUACCAGGCUGAUUUCCAUUCCAGGAACUUGAGCUCCAUUUCCCUUGCUCUCUGAAGUUUAUUUCUAACUGCCUAUUAAAUGUCUUCACUUGGACAAAUAGUGACUGCACAGUAAUUUUAAGGUCAGUAUGAGCAAACAUCAAAUUUUUAGCCUUUAUGGGAAAUCCUCUCUGCUUCGUUUCCCCCAGUUUUGUGUAUUUUUCAAGUAGAGAAACAGAGGCCUACCUUCCCAUCUUCAUUUCUACAACACUUUCACUUGUGUUCUAGACCAAUGGUUUUCACACAUCAAAACCCCAGGCUCCUUUUGAUAAACAAAAUUCUGAAUGAGCAGUGGAAGUCAGGGGAGAUUCCUCCAUCCCUGCUGCAACUCCUGGCCUGUCUUUAUACAACCAAGAUUUUUAUCUAACCUAGCAUUUUAGCAAGUUUUAUUAUGAAAAUACCUUAGCUUUCUAAAAUUAAAUGAUCUUUAAUGUGCUUUUUAGAAGCACAGGCUUCUUCCGUGGGUCAUAAUCCAUUAAUCAAGUGCUUCCCGUACUUUUCCCAAAUGCACUUACGUUUUCCAACCUCAGUACCUUUGUAGACAUCAUUUCUAGGCCCUUCUUUGUGGCCAGAUAAUACUUUACUUGUAUGAUGUACCUUUAGUAAUACUAUGUCCAAAGGCUUUUCUUCAGCCCUUUCCAGUAGACAUUAGACGUUCCUUUAUUUUUUCUAUCUUCCUUUCCCGUGUGACCACAGUACAAUGUGUUGUAAUUGUUUUCCUUGUAAUUGUUUUACUGAAUGAACUCCAUAUCUUAAAUUUUACCUUUGCACAUACUGUUCUUUGCAUGGUAGGUAGUAAUGUUUUUUGAAUUAAUGAGGCAUGAUUUGAAAUGCCAAAUUUUGCACAAAAGGGUUGCUGCUAUUGCAUUCCAAACUGCCAUGCCCUCUAUACCAGCAGUUGAUACAGCAAUGAGGAAUAUAGAUUCCUCAGAGGAGUAAAGUGUUCCUCGGAUACUAAACCUGAGAAAAUAAGACUUCAUCUUCAGAAGCUGAGAGCUUCAAGUUUUGCCUUUAUGACCUUUGUGGACUCACUGGAUGGUACAAUUAUGAGGGUAUUCCUGGGUGCUUUUUGUGUAUUUUACUCCCUCCGCCCAAACAAUUGGAGAACAAUUUGUAGACCAUGAUAGUUUCAGUACUUUUUACUGUGGUAUUAUAAAAGAACAACACAUUUUGUAUUAAUUUAAUCUUGAGGAGUAAAUUCUUUAUUUAGAAUGAAGUAACCUCAAAAUACAAAAUACUCCACAUAUGGACAGUAAUUAAGCCUACAAUCAAUUCUUUCAACAGCUAUUGUAUGCCUACUACAUGCCAUAUCUUGUUCUAGGCACUGAGGAUAUAGCUUUGGAAGCACCCUCUUAUUAUGGGGCUUUCAGUAGAGGAAGAAUAUAUACAGUAUGCCAAGUGACAACACUAUAAAGCAUUAAGCAGGGUGUAAGGGACAAGUGUGACUCUGAGAUGGGUGCUAUCUUAUAAGGAGUGGUUGGAAAGGCACAUCUAAGCACCCAUCUUCAAUUUCCAUCCUGUUGUUUAGAUGCCUUGUAUAUUCAGUACAUUGAAAGAUUUUCUUACCGAAGUUACCACUUAAAACUUUCUCAUUUCUGUUGCAUUUAAUAGAUUUCUGAUCAGUGGUGUUCCUAAUCUAUACUGCCUAAAGGCCUUGGGCUUUUUAUUCAUUCCAGGUGGUUUUCUUUCUACCUUCCACUUCCCUUUUCUGCCUUCUAUAAGGUUACUACUUCUGUCCACAGAAGCCAAAACUGUAGUUUCUUUAAUAUCACUUCCCUAUAUAUUUUAAACACAAUAUGAGGUAACAUAGUAUGGAAAUAUUACAUUAAGAGGUACUUAAUAUAGUCACGGUUAAUUUAUAUAUUAUAUAUUCAUGCUAGUGUUCAGCAUUUUUUGUUUUCCUACUUCUAGUGAAAAAUCACUAUCUUCAGUAUGAAUUCUCUGCUGUUUAUUAAGAUGUAAAAUGUUAUAGGAUUUUCCAUAAUCCUUAAAUGUUUAUCAUUCUUUACUCAGUAUGAAUUUUCUGAUGUGGAUUAGGCUUUAAGACUUGAUUGUGAGUUUGAGGCCAGCCUGGUCUAUAAAGAGAGUUUCAGAGCAGCCAGGGCUAUUAAACAGAGAAACCCUGUCUUAAAAAACAAAAACCCAAAGAAAAAAAAGGACUUAAGAGACUGUCUCUUGCUGUGUUUAUAGGCUUUCUGGCUCCUGUGCAUUAUCUGAUGUUAAGGUACAUAUCAUUGACAUUCCUUUAUCUUUCACAUACAGUAAAAUGAGCUAAGAGUCAUGACUAAAAGGCCACCGUAACGUGAUGUUCCUAGCUUUACAGUCUGCGGUCAGUGCUUUGAUAGUCAUUAAAGUGUGAGCGCUGUGAAGGCAUUCUCAGAGUUACCUUCCUGACACUUUAAAAACCCACUGCUACUAACAUGGUCUACUUUUAGGUUGCUUGUCUCCUUGGUCCGUCUUCUAGGGCCCCUUUUGUAACUCUAUGAAUACCCCGUCUGCCACAUAAUCCAGGAUCCCAUAGUUCUCUAGUAUUACUUACCCUGAGUUCUUUUAAUAUAAAAUGAAAUACAUUAUGGAAGUAUUAUAUUAACAUAAGCUUAAUAUAACAGGAAUUAAAAGUAUUCAUUAUGUACUUAUGCUGGUGGUUAGUAGUUUUUGUUUUACCAACUUUCAGUAACAUUUUCCAACUACAGUGUUUUGGAACCUAUGAUUAAUAAAAUAAAAUCACAUUCCCCUACUUGUUUCUUGUUUUAUAUUUUAUUCUUGCAUCGGAGUAAAAAUGUUUCCUCUCAGUAUGCUUUUCUAAUCGCUGAAUGCUAUUCUGGUCCUGAUAACUUGCAGAUAGGUUAGCAUAAUGAUUCAGAUUGUGAGUUCUGGGGCUAGAAGGCCUGAGUUAAAUCACAACCCUGCCACUUCCUAACUGUAACGCUUAUGUAAAUUAAUAAAUCUUCCUGACUUUUAA